AAUGAUAUACUUGCAAUUCAAUCUCUCUCUAUAUAUUGUGGUCUUAGAGUUAGGAAUAUGGUGUGGUAAAAGGUGGUGGAAUAGUGAGCAGUUUAGUGAGAUACGUAGGUUUGUAAGCGGAGAAAUUAUGGAUAGCAGAAAUCAUGUGGCAGCAAGAGCAAUGAAUUGCUUAAACCCUGGUGGUGAGUUGAGGUUCGUGAUAACACAAAAUAUUGAGUGGCCCUCCAUCACAGUCCAAUGGCUUCCGACCUGCAAGAAAUCAGAAGAUGAGAACUACUUAGUCCAAAGGAUCAUUUUGGGAGACCAAGAUGAUGAUGAUUCCGACUGCAAUUACCUAACGAUUGCUGAGCUCCAAAUCCCCCUUAAGAAUUGGGAGUCUAAACACUCAUGCAAAAAUGAUGCAAAGGAUGACACUAUUUUUAACAUUAUCAAACAGAUCAAUCACGAUGGCGAUGUUAACAUUGCUCGUUACAUGCCUAAAAAAGAUUCAAUCAUUGCAACUAAAGCAGAUGGUCCUGAGGUUUAUAUAUUUGAUACUGACAAACAUCCUUCUAAGCCUUCUGAUGAUCAAGCUCACCCUGAAUUAAAGUUGCUUGGUCAUAAAACGGAUGGUUAUGGCUUGUCUUGGAGCAGUUUCAAUAAUGGUCAUUUGCUUAGUGGUGAUUAUGAUGGUAAUAUUUGUAUUUGGGAUGUUAAUGCCACUCCUAACAAUCUUACUCUCAACCCCUUGCAAGUUUUCAAGGAUAAUGAAGGUGAUGUAAAGGACAUAGCAUGGUAUCCAAAGAAUGCCAAUUUAUUUGGAUCUGUUGGCAAAAAGAACUUGCACUUGUGGGAUGUUAGAGCUCCAAUAGUGAAUAAUCCAGUUCAAUACUGUAAUGCUGCUCAUUCUGAAACAGUUAAUUGUUUAUCUUUUAAUCCCUUCAAAGAAUGGAAUGUUGUUACAGGUUCUAGUGAUGAAACAGUAAAAUUAUGGGAUACAAGAAUGAUAGGUAAAAGCAAUGAUAUGUAUAAAUGUGUUCACACUUUUAAACAAGUGGAUGGAAGUGUUUUUCAGGUUGAUUGGAAUCCAAAUAACGAGAACAUGUUUGCUUCUGGAUGUCAUCUUGGUAGAGUGAUUGUUUGGGAUACUAGUAAGAUUGAUGAUAAGCAAAAUGAUGUGGAAAUUGAUGAUGGUCCGGAAAUGGUUUUUGUUCAUCAUGGUCAUACAGGCCAAAUAAGUGACAUUGCUUGGAAUCCUUGUGAAGAUAUGAUGGUUGCUAGUGUGGAUGAUGAAAAUUUUAUUCAUUUAUGGAAGAUGUAUUUCAGGAAUUCAAAAGAAGAUGAAGAUGAUGACGACGAAGACGAAGAUGAUGACAAUGAUGAUUAUUUUCCAUAAGAUUGUCUUGUUAGUUGCUUGCAAUUGUUAUUUGAUAUGACUUAGUAAGCAGGUUGAUUGGUUUUUUUACUCAUUUUUAAAACUUUAUAGUGUGAUUUUUGGUUGUUGUGAUUUGGAAUGAUGUGAAUGGUGUGAAUUACUAUUGUUGUUAAAACAAUUGUAUGCUAGAUGGAACUCAUGAUUUCCAUAAUAUUCAGAACACCUUCUCUUUAUUGUUGGAUGAUGGAUGAAAGUCCCUACAUUCAGUGAUCAAAUAAUAGCAAGACUUUACCGUAAAAUUGUGAAAUCUGUCUGAUAUCCAUUGCCAAACAGAGAGUUCUUUGCAGCAUGUUGCUAAUCCAGUUGCCAAUUCUUCA